AUGGCGUUCGCCGAGACGGAGCCGCUGCUGCAGCAGCACAUCCCACAACACCAUCAUGCAUCCCCUACUACACGCCAUCAUAGCGGAUCGCCGGCUUCAACGACAACCACCAACACGACCACAACCACCGGCGCUGCCUUCCGCGCCGCCGGCGUCGCCCGCAUGGACGCCGUCACGGCCCGGCUCACCUCGACCCAGCGCUUUUGGCUCUUCUUUGGUAUAUUCGUCGUCGGCUACGCCUACGGCCUCGAGAGCCAGGUACGCUCGACCUACGCCCCCUACGCCACCGCAUCGUUCAACCUGCACUCGUACCUCGCUACCAUAAACGUCCUGCGCAGCGUCGUGGCCGUCGCCGCCCAACCCACCGCCGCCAAGGUCGCCGACGUCUUUGGCCGCUUCGAGGUCGUCGUCGCCUCCACCCUCUUCUACGUCGUCGGCAUGGCCAUCGAGGCCACCGCCAGCUCCGUAUAUGUCUACUGCGCCGGCGGCCUCAUCUACCAGGUCGGCUACACCUGCAUCGUCUUGCUCCUCGAGGUCCUCGUCGCCGACUUCUCUUCCAUGCGCGCGCGCGUCUUCUUCAGCUACGUUCCCGCCCUGCCGUUUGUCAUUAACACCUGGCUCAGCGGCACAGUCACCUCGGCUGUCCUGCGUGUCGCCACCUGGCGUUGGGGCAUCGGCAUGUGGUGCAUUAUAUACCCCAUUGCCUCGCUGCCACUGCUCGUCACGUUAUACGUGGUGGAUCGCAGCGUCGCCGCCUCGCCCAAGGCGCUCCUCGAGUCACACAAGCAGCAGUCCUCCAGUAAGCUGCAAGAAGCCAGGCAUCGGGUGCAAGAGGCCCGGCGUUGGGUCCACAAUGUCUCGACACAGCUCGACCUUUUCGGUCUUGUUGUCUUGGUCGCCUGUUUUAGUCUGGUGCUGGCGCCGCUGACUGUGGCUGGUGGCACAGCAUCGCACUGGCAGAAUCCGCGCAUUAUUCUGUCCUUGGUGGUCGGGUGCAUCUGCGCGCCAGUUUUUAUCUUUUGGGAAAAGUACCACGCGAAAACCCCAAUCGUGCCUUUGCAUCUGCUCGCCGACCGCGGCGUCUGGGCGGCUCUAGCAGUCCGCAGUCUCCUCAAUUUUGCCUGGUACGUCCAGGGCAAUUACCUGUACACCAUUCUUAUCGUCGCCUUCGACUUUUCCGUCCAGACCGCGACCCGCAUCAUAUCCUUCUUUUCAUUCUUUGGCGUCGUCAGCGGCGUCCUCGUCGGCCUCGUCGUUUACAGAGUUAGACGUCUGAAGCACAUCAUUGUCGGAGGAACCGUGACCUUUAUGAUGGCGUUUGUCCUGCUCAUCAGCCAGCCCGGAGGCGCGUCCAGCCAAUCCAGAACCGGCAUCAUUAGUGCCCAGAUCCUGCUCGGCCUCGCUGGUGGUCUAUUCGCAUAUCCUACACAAGCAUCCAUCCAAGCCUCCGCGAGUCGCGACCACGUGGCCAUUCUGACUGGGCUCUACCUAUCCUUUUACAAUGUCGGGAGUGCUCUGGGAACCUGUCUGUCGGGAGCCAUCUGGACGCAGACGCUCUAUCCGGCACUCGAAUCGAGCCUGGCUUUCCAGCCGAAUCGUACCCUCGCGCAGGCCAUGUACAACAACCCUUUUGAGGUCGUGAAGAAUUACCCUGUCGGCACCGAAAUCAGAGGCGCCAUAAUCGGCAGCUACAGCUACGUGCAGGGCCUUCUCUGUAUUGCUGGCCUCUGCGUCUGCAUGCCGAUGAUUGGCUUUGCCCUGGCGCUACGAAACCCGCGCCUGUCAGACAAGCAAGUCCAAGACGAAGCGGAACGAGACCCUUACGAAGCAUAA